AUUAUAGCAGCAGAGUAAUGGCAAGACCAGGUUAUUACCAUUGGUCGCAACAAAAGCCUGUUACGACAAAUGAAAACUAUGGUUUUUUCUUAAAAGACGAAGCCGAAAGAUUGGCGAAACUACCUGCAAGAAAACUACCGGCCAAACCGGAAGAUGACACUCAAAGAAAAUUGGACAUAAUUAACGCUUAUACAAGACCAUUUAGCAACACAGCCUUUUAUCCGCCAGUCUAUCACGGAAGUAUAGCUGUUGAAGAGAAGAAAAACGGAACCUGUAGAUUACGCUUACCUCCUUGCGCUUACAACAAUAGGAGAAAUAAGUUUGAUAUUAACAAAGGCUACACAUACGGACCUACCAGUUGGUGUAAGAAGAGUGUUGGAGGUAAAUUACCUACGUCAACAAGGGCUUCUAUUUCGGCACCCUCUAAUGGUGGACAAUCAUACGAGGGAAAUUCUUUUGCAUCCAGGGACCUUUACCUGUGGCAUUCGCUAACUGGAUCACUUGUAAAUGUUAAGAAGAACUUUGCCGAAACAGCAAGAUAAAAUGACAAAUAUCAGUAUUAUUCACUUAACAAAUUAAGAAAAAAGAACUUUGUGUGGCGUGUGUAAACUACUGUAUUUUUUUCCUCCUUAUCUAUCAGAUAUUAAGAGACUUUUAUAAAUGUUCUUAAUAUAUCUGAUGAAAAAGACAAAAUGCCUUGAAAUUACGUACUUUAUUAAGUGAAAUCUUUAUCGAAUUUCACCCUAGGUAAUCUUUUAUAUUUGAUAACUGCCAUGUUUUUUUUUUCACUCUGAAAAAAAAAGAACAUUCUUUAAAAAGAACAAAUAUACACUCCAAAAAAAUAUGGUGGCUGUUAAAUAGUUUUAAAAAGGAAGGAAAAAAGAUUUUGUUUUUACAGUAUACAAUUUCAAGUUUUGAAUAUCACUAACACCGAUUGCAAACUUAUCUUUAUUUUCUUCAAUUCUUCUUCUAAAACUCUUUCUUCUCUUCUUCUUUUUGUUUUUUAAUAAAAAGAAGUAAUACAUGCAAAAAUAUUUCAGCGAUUUUUUUU